AUGGACACGUUCGAGCUUGAUUCAGACGCCUUUUACAUUUGCACAGAGGUGGCGCCGCGAAAUUAUGUAGUUCAGAAGGUGAGUGACAUUGACACAAGCAACCCGCACACGCACGCUCGACGCACUUCCCAAAAGUUAGAAAUCAGUACGAUAAUAACAGUCACUGUGAGCUACACACCGCGACAGGAUCGCUUUUCGUUGAAAGUGUCACAUACUUCGUCUACUUUCGCUUUUCUUGCACCUUCCACAGAACCGGAUUCUUUCGCUGGUGGUCUUACCUCCCCUCUUCCUCCCCGGAAAGUCCAAGCAGUUGCUUCACGUGCUUUCGUGUCCGCAGCUAACUUUUAAUUUUCUGUAAUCAUGGAUAUAUAACUGUAAACUUCUAAAAAAAUUCGUCUCGGCUACUGUAUGUGUAUAGUUCACACUUAGCUUUCUAAUUCUAUGAUUAACUGUUCAUUUGAGUGCGCUUUCUUCGUUUCCCUGAAUAGUAUACGUGUUGAAGCGUGGAUGACGUCAAGCACACAUUUCCAGACGUCUCCGUCUCUGAUGUCAUUUUCAGAAUGAGUCCCCCUGGAGCGAACGAUUGUGCGCAUUUCUGUGAGCACCUUUGUCAUCUCAUCCCAAUUUAUGCGCGCAUAGUCUUCCUUUGUCUCCAAUAGUAGCGUUAGCCGAAAUUAGUGAAUAUUUAUAAACUUGGAGAGGAAAAGGGGUAAAAAUAAGCGUAUGCUAAAGUAAUAUUUCUAGAAAGAAGCGAGAAAACGGGUAUUUCCACGUCAUAUAAACUCGUUGAUAGAUAGAGUGCUGCGAAAAUGGUCGAAAAGCACUUAAAUUUUCCGGAAAUUGACAUAAAAACGGGGACGAAAAGAGGAGAGAUAGGGCGAAGUCCCUCUUUUCCAGCGGCCUUUUCUUCCGAAGGCGAUUCGGAAAUUCAUAUUUUUUGUUGCCUUUCCCUGCACACGAAUCAAUUUUGUCAGCCCGCUCACAGCGAUUCGUCAUUUCCGUGAUUUUGCACGAAUCUUCUUCCUGUGAUAACACCUCCGCGAACCCCACCCAGAAAAUCAAUCGCCACCUUAUCAUAUUGAGUUUUGCCGCGAAAACGAUACCACCAACACCGUGUGGCGCUUCGCAGACGAAUCCAGCUUGAUUUUAGGCGAUCCAAAUCGACAAAAAGCAAAUCGAGCGAAUGGUCGGAAAGCUCGAUGGCAAGGCGACGACCGCGGAAACGUCGCCAUCGGAAACGUCUGAUGGAACGUCGACCGCCCACUCACCUGGCACGUCGCCUUCCACUUCCGCGUGCACUUUUGCCGCCAAGCCGCCGCCUAUUCCCUAUUGGUAAGAACGUAGUGGAAAGAGAAGAAAGGAGAAAUCGUCGUCGUCGCUUAUCUCCUCUAUUGAUUACCAAUCUGCUUGUUCGUAAUUUCGGUGCCAUCUCUCUCAGUGUUGUCGCUUCGCGUCCUUCUUCGUUCAAAAAAUUGACAGUGCUGAUGGUGCGUGCGCAUGUUCGCCGGCACCUUGCAUCUCCCCGCACUCUCUCCCCGCGCGCGUACGUUCGUAUCGGCUAAUGAAUCACCGUGCGCGGCGACUCGCUCACCGAUCGAACGCAUCUCUCUUCUUCUCUUCACGGCGGCCUCACAGUCCGUCCGACCACCAUCCCCCACCGAAAGUGGUUUUUGUCGCCUCUCGCAUCCAUGUCCGCCGCGCCUUUUAUCCAGUCUUCUUUUCUAAAAAUUGACCAGUUCCUUAUUUGUUAACCUAUAUCGUAUGGAUGGCAAUCAGUUCCCAUGAUAUUGCGAUGAUUACGUCCCAGGAUGGCACGUCAUUCCCACAAAGUUUGUUUUGCACUAGCAUCUCUGUUCUAUUGCCCCAAUCCUCUUCUUCUUCUUUUCGUACUUUUCUCUCUUUCUCUCAAAAGUGACGUUUCUCUCCAGCCCACUCAUGCCAUUGCUGGAACUGAAUUGUUCAGGAAAUAUCGACUGAAAACGGAAAUUUUCCUGUUCUUCCUUCUAUUUCAUGACUCAUGGCGCUGAUGUUUCUGUGAAACUUGUCAAAAAAGUUGGAAUCUAUCUUCUCGCUCGGUGGUUCAUUUAAUCUCCUUUUCAAAUUCGCACGUUUUGUUGCACCUACCAUUUUUGUGUUCGUAUUGUUCCGUUUUUAGCUUCAAAAAUGUAUUCUGUCAGAAUGACGUGAUGAUGAAUCCUGAUGAUGUACUGUUUGCUGUUUGGCGACGGGGAAGCAGUACAUGCUGCUUCUGACUCAAAAAGUAUUGUCGCUUCGUUCCUAACAUUCCAAAAAACUUGGUUCGCUUCGAUCUUCCGUAGACAAUCCGAACGGGGGCGAUGUGCCCUCGUGACCGCCCAGCGGGACGCCUUCUUCAUUCGGAAACAUCCCCUUCAUCCCACUCCUUCUCUUCUGAAAUCAAACAGACGACACCAUUCAUUCAUUUCAUUCGUUUUUUUCCACUACGGCCUCUCCAUUCGCCUUUCCUUCCUCUGUUUUCGUGCGCUCGUGUUCAUGUUUCUCGCCGCGUCCGUAUGAGCCGUCCGUCCAUCCUUUUCGAAUGCACUAAUUAGAGGCUCCGCGGAUAGAACGACAUGAAAACGUCGACACGAAUUCUCCGUCGCGCGACUCUCCAUGGCUACAUUCCGCCCGUUUGUGUCUUCUUCUUCUUUCGGCUUUCCUUUCAUUCUUUUGCCCCAUACUAAUUUAUCCAUCUAUUUCUUUCAGGUUCAAUCGUGAGGUGAAGUCGACGCUGAUGAUGAUCGGCCCUCAGCCGCAAGGGUCCCUUUCGACACCCUCGUCGUCUGGAACCCUGACGAAUCACUUCGUUCCCGCCUUGCCAGGAGCCCCUUCAAUGACUCGUGACGAACUGAAACAGCAGUUGAAGGUCCAGUUAGAGUACUACUUCUCAAGGUGAGCUCACAAAAAUGAGUGGGUAAGACUGAAAACGAAGAGAAAAGCGGGCGUUUUCGAGUCAAGCUACAGUACAUAAUCCCCGGAGGCUUCGUCAGAGUUCAAAAUGAGCAUGUCAGAGAGUUUUCUUGACGUCAAAGCCAAAUUGCUGUCGGCUAUAAAACUGGGAGAGAAAGACGGAUUAGUGAACAGACAUAAACUGGCAGUGUUGCAGAGAAAACCUGAUGACCGAUCGGUACUUGAAGUGCCAGAUGGACGGCGAGCAGUAUGUGCCAAUCAACGUGCUGGCUGGUUUCCGAAAGAUUACACAACUGACCUCGGAUAUUGAUCUGAUCACGGAAGCGCUGAAAGGUGGGGAUUAAAAAGAGGAACUUGCUGCAAGAAGGGCUUUUUAUCUGCAGAAUCGGCCAUCGUCGAGCUGGAUCCGAAUGAAGAGAAGGUGAGGGCUAUCACGAAGAGAACGACCAUCAUCAUCAGAGAAAUCCCCGAGGAAUACAGAGAGGUGACUUUUAAUGAAGAAGCUUGAGUUAACGCGCUGAAAGACGUUCAGGAAGUUGUCAAGCUGCUGGCUGACGGACCUCCAUUUCUGGAAUUGACGUACGGUUCGAACGAUAGCUGGUACGUGACAUUCGAGAACGAACUGGACACCCAAGUCGCCUACGUGGCAGUUCAACACAAGAAAAACGAAAUCACGCAGAGACCCGUUUGUGUGAGUGAUUACCUUUGAGACUUGAUAAGAAGAGUGAGAGCAGACACUAGAGUUGUCAUGGAAACACAUUCUUCUGACUUUGAUUACCCAUCUCUUACUCUCACUCACUUCAUUUCGGCUGUCUUUUUUCCACUUGCCUUUGAAAUUCGUUGUCUUUCAGGCCAGAAUAAAAGCGGGAGGACCUCCAUCAGUGGCACCAACCGAAGUGAGAAACGGCGAAAACGGACGACUGGCCACGUUGAGCAACGGGGAGACGGGAACGAUUCAUUUGAAAGAGAUCGGAAGAACACUUGCGGAUUAUGGGUUCGUACCUGUCGCCACUUACCGUCCUGGAGAACCGAUUUUGAGCCACUUCGAGUACGUAACUCCGACGUUCCGCUUCUCCGGAAACAACCUCGCCUACCAACCGCAGCAGCCGCCGCAGCCGACGUCUCUUCCGCUGCAGCAACAGCAGCCGCAGCAGUACUAUUACUCGUCGUCCAGUGUUUCGACGACUCCUCGCAACUUUGACGAAAUGUCGUCGGCUUCUUCCAAUUCCACCCGCACAACCACUUCGAAUUACAACCGGAGUGGCAGUCGCAACAGUGGAUCCAACCAGUACAAUGAGUCGCGGAACUAUCCCAACUCAACGAACUCGAAUGAAUGGCGUGGUCGUGGUGGUAGCAAUGGGGGAGAGCGUCGCUUCCCAAAUAGCUAUCAAAACGGCGACAGCAACGGACGACAGUCGCAGAGUUCGCGAGGCAAUUGGAGAGGCGGAUAUCGCAACGGAUCCAAUGGACACUAUCAGAACGGUCGUGAGAAUGGAAAUGGUGGAAAUCAAAACAACUGGAGAAACGAGCAGAAUGGUUAUGUCCAGACGUGGCGCAAUUCCGGCGGCCACUACAACAACUAUCGGAAUGGGAACCAAAUGUCGUCGUCGUCUUCCUCGAGUGCCAGCUCCAAGUACUUCUCCCCGGAAGCUAAUGGUACUCCAACCAAUUCUGGCCCGAGCACUCCGCCACCGGCAUCGGCACAGCAGCAGACGUACAGUGUGCCCACUCCCACUGACCUUCCGUCUCCGCCUGUUUGGCCAGCGCCGAGCUUCGACAGAAGAAGAAAGAGUUCGGAGGCGUCGUCGACCACGAUCACUACGACAACAGCUCCGAACACAGUGACUCCGUCUACUCCGGUCACUCCGCCAGUGCUCCGGCAGACAUUCGUGGAGGAGCCGAUGACGGAGAAGAAGGAGAUCAAAGAGCACCAUGUGCACGAGCAGUACAAAACGCCAUCGACGGAGACAACGUCAAAUAACGUCACAGAAAAAGUGGUGAGUAGUACAUCAGAAGAAGAUGCAAGCCGUAAAUAACUCUGAUCUUUCCAGCAAUCGCCGUCUGCCGUCGCCGCUCCGCCUGCUGCUUCUCCUUUGUUCUCGUUCGAGGAGACGGCUUUCCCGUGUCUGCCGAAGAAGGCGGAACCCGAGGCGAAGCCGCAAAAGCCUACGUUCAGGUAGAUGAUGACGACUGUCUCGUGGCAGUUGUUAUUAUCGUUGUCAAGUGAUUUGUGGUUGAUGUAGUGAUGACGUUGAAGGUGUGUAUGAAUAUUCAUCGAGCAUGACUCGUCACAUUUCCUGUCGGUUGUUCGAUACACUGGUAUUUCAGUUCGGUUCUCGCCGGCCGUCGUAAUAUCAAGCAGUUGAUCCCGGAGAAGAAGACGUCGUACGCCGAGAAGCUGAAGCAACGUCAGGCUCUGCUCUUCCACUAA